UUCGAAGUGCGCAUUGUUUUGGCGGAAAUUUUGGGCUUCGUUCGGUUUAUACUGAGAGGCUUUUUUUCACCAGGAUUUGAAACAGAAACAUUUACUCAACAGUGUUGAUGACUCUAUAAUAAAAUAUGGAGACUAAACCAAAGGUGCUAAAAGAAAGUCCUACACCAAGUGUAGAAGAAUUUGAAAGAACAUUAGUUGUCGUGAAACCCGAUGCGAUCUCAAAAAUUAGAGCUAUUGAAUACAUGAUUCGAAGUUCUGGAUUGUUCACACUGCACAGAAGACGUAUGUAUCUCAAGCCUGAACAAGCACGAGAUUUUUACAUACGAUCCGUUCAAGACGAAGAAGCCGCUAAGUAUUUCAAGUUAUACAAAGAGUUAAUAGAAAGGGACAAAAUACUGCAUCCUAAUCGAAAAAAUGUGCCAGUCAUCAACAUCAGCGACUUUGAAGAUGAAAGGAGCAGCACCAACAUGGAUGAAUUCGUUGACUUCAUGACGAGCGGUCCAAUUGAAGUAUUCGUCAUCGCUGGAAGGGGUGCAGCGAACAAACUUAUUCAACUGGUGGGCCCCGAUGACCCAAAAGUUGCCAGAGAGACUAAUCCGGACAGCAUUAGAGCGAAGUUUGGUGGUGAAACGAAUCUCAGAAAUGCUGUCUACUGUAGCUCAUCGCCCGCAAAAGCUGAGAAGGAUAUCAGGUUUUUCUUCCCGGAUUCUAAAUUUGAUGCGGAAUGCAAAUUGGGGGUUUCAGGGGAGUAUCUGUCGAAGGCUGUGAAUCCAAUAUUACUGAAAGGCUUGAUUCAGUUAUGCAGGCAAAAACCAGAUAACCCUUUAGUAUGGUUAGCCGACUGGUUGUUGGCAAACAAUCCAAAUAGUAAGACGUAAAACAUCUGACAUCAGCUACAUAUCAGUAAAAAGUUAAUUUUCCAAAAGUUCGCUCAUAAAAAUGUCUUUUAAGUAAAAUUCAGAUUGAUAAGUGUUUUUGGAACACUUAUAGUAUUGUAUUGAUGAGAAAUUGCCUUGAAAUAUCGAUUUAUUAGAGUAUGCUGUUUAAUAUGGAAUGCAAAGCUUUAAAAAUACAGCGAAUAAUGGGAUAAUAAUACUCGUCAUUACGUUGAAUUUGAAAGAGGAAUGAGAGGGGUGCGAGCUCUCCGUGUAAAAGAAAUACGGUGUUUUACGGGUUUUUUUAGAUUGGAAAUAUAAUUGUAAUGAUGUAGAAGUGUACGUGUGUCGUUGUCUACAAAAUGUUUAUAAAUUAAGAACAUAUUCAUUUAUCUCGUCUGGAUUAAGAUAUAACUGGAUAAACAGUCCAGAUAAUACCAGUGUUUUUCAAGCCUAUAAACAAAUUGAUUCUUUGUUAUGAGUAAGUAAAAAAACUAAUAAUGAUGCUAUCGGGGUCGUUUCCAACAAUAGGCAAGACUAGCCGGCUACCUAGGGCGACAAAAAGGCUAAGAAAGAAAGAGUUGAAAAUCACUAAGCAUAAAAUUCAAGAGAAAGAAAUUUAAAUGUUAAAUAACAGGUUGAAAGGUUUAAGGCACAGCAAUUUUAAUUUCUCAAUAAAUAAAAUGUUUAAACAAAGAGUUAAACACUUUAAAAACACACUGCAAAAUUGUAGUUAGAAGGGUUAGCUAAAAACAAUAGUUGUACUCAAGCUAGGCUAUAGUGCAAUGGCAGAUUUUCUACGGUCGGGACGCAUAGGGCGGCAGAAAACCUUGAAACAACCCUAGAUUCUACCAGUAUCCUUGAAAAAAGUUCAGAAAAGAAAUUGUAAAUUUUUUUAAUGAAACAAUGGUGCAUUUGAAGUAAAAAAUAAUUAAUUUUCAUUCGUCAAUCUAUUCAAAAAUAAAUGACACCUAAUUAUACGUAAAAUAAAGUUCUGGGUGAUAAUCACGUUUAUGUGUUUUUGUU